AUCCUAUUUACAGAACAUUGCAGAAUUGUGUAAUGGUCAUUUGCACAAACUUCAAACAACAAAGCAUUCUUAAUUUUAAGUGAUAUACGUAUAUAUUUAUUGCACAUUUUUAUCAAUUAGUGUGGUAAUUUAUCAAACAGAAAUGUCUUUUGACUCGUAUCCUCUGCCAUUGUCAUCUUCUCCUCCUCCUCUGGAUAUUCUACCCUCACCAACUGAAGAAGAUGAAGAAGAGUUUGGGCAACGUGUUGGCAUUGGAUCUCCUGUGUUUGACAUUACAGGCUUAUCAGAGAAGUUGCCACCUACUCCACAAGUCAGCCCAGCCAAACAUAAACAGAGCAGAAUUGAUUAUGCUCUUCGAGAAGACAACUCUAGUCAUUUUCCUGGAACAAAAAAUUUACGCAAUAAUUUUUCAUCAGUUGGUGAACAUGUUGACUCUCCCCCUGAAUGUUUGGGAUUUAAUCAUCCUGGAAGCUUUAAUAAUAUUUCAGUUAAUUCUUUAGGUCCAAUAAGAUCACAUGAGAAGGACCCGUGUCCAACUGCAGAAUUUGUUCAUGAAAAUUUUACUCCAAAAAUUACAAAUGCAUCAUCUUGUAGUGAAAAAAUUUGCCAUGAUUUUGAAGAUGAUGAGUUUGGAGAUUUUGCAGGAGUUGACAUGGAAUCAGAUCAACUGUCGAAACUCAGUGCAUCGGUUGAAAAUAAGCAUCCCAGUAGAGAGGAAAUCCACGAGACUUGUAGAAAAGCUGAUGAAAAAAAUCCUGACUCUCUAGAUUUUAGGGACAUUUCUAGCUUGAAAAGUAAUCUAGAUCCAGUUAAUACCAUGAGUGUUGCAACGAGUACUCCUGCCUCAGGGACAGUUGUUAUUAGAUCCAAUGUUCCAUGUAUAGUUGAGCAUGUUGAACAAUCUGUUGAUUCUUGUCAUAGUCAAGUUUCAGCAAGAACAUUUUUUCCUUCUGUGAUUUCAGACAUGAGUACAUCUAGUCCUAUUGUAAGCAUUGUUAAUUCUGAAAUUGUGUCUGGUGACAGCAAAGCCAAGACUGAAACAUCUGAACUGGUGACGGAUGAGCAUGGACAUCUUGUCCCCUGGAAACCUUAUGUAAUGAACACAGAAGAAGAUGUGUUUCAUUAUUUCCAAGCCCCUACAGAAACAAGUGAAGGAAGUGACUAUAAUUUGGAACCACACAAACUUGAAUCCGAGUCCGAUUUGAAGCCAUCUGAGCUACAGAUUCAAGAGUCCCAAGAUAAAAAGCAAUUCUCUAGAAGAAUUCAUGCAGAGGAGAUCUCAUCAGAGGGCUCAAUAGACAUUGAACUAGACGAAAAGAAAACGACCGAAAAUAACAGUGAAAUAAAAUCUUUUGAUGCCAAUAAAAGUAUUGUAACGCCUAUAAGUUUAAACAGUCCAAUAAAGGUUGCUGAUGACCCUGGUGCUGAGGAGGAAUUUGAACCAUUUGCUGAUUUUAAUUCUUUUCCGAGAGUUGAUGAAACAUUUCAUGCAUCUGUUGACGGCUCCAUUGUCAGCAUACCUGCUGUAGUGGCUGACGAUGUAGUAAUGUCUUGCUCUCUUCCCACUAUUGAAGGCAUGUCUGAGAACAGCCCUGAUGACGAUUUCGGCUAUAGAGAUAUUGAUGCCGAAGAGGACGACCUCAAAUCAGAAGCUCACAAGGAUCUUCCUGCGGUAGAAGCUAAGAAUGAUCGUAUUAUUUUUCAAGAAACGAAAGGAGAAGAAAGUUCAAUUGAAAAUUCCAGAAAUGUUGAUGAAGACGAAUUUGCUGAUUUUGUUGCAAGCACUGAAGUAAACGAUGAUCAAAACAGAGAAGAAUUUGAGGAGUUUGCAAGUGCCAAAAUUGACGAUGCUUUUGGAGAAUACGGUUCUGAAAGUGCAAUCUUGAACCCAAAUCCAACGAUGCUUGCCGACUCUGACAAUGAUGAUGACGGAUUUGGUGAAUUCACCGAGUUCAGCGAAGCGGGAGGAAUGAAUUCCGGUCAUUUUGAUUUCGCCGUCGUGCGUGAAGCCUCACAGUCAUUCUCAAGAUCCACCAGUUUGGAAAGCAGGCCUGAGGUAGACAGCAUCAAGGACCCUUUGUUGGCGAAGUUGGAUGGCCUGGUGCGGAAGUGGAUAACUCCUGCAGCGGAGGAUCUUGCCACACCAGGGCCUCCUCCUGAGCUGCUGCGCGACGUCGUGAAGGGCGACGCGUUUGUGUGGCGUAAACUGGAGAGCGUGGAGUGGCGUGGCGUCGUGUGGCAGUCGUCUGUGGCGAACGGUCUCCUGCUCAGCGCUCUCAACAUGGACGCCAGGAAUAUUUUGUACAACCAGAAGUGGAGUUCAUCCGUGCCUUUAUUUGCUCAGUCUCUGGGCUUCUCACCACUCACGCCAGCAAAAUCCUCGUCAAUGAGUGGCUUGUCGCCGCACUCCAGCGCUCCGUUGACUCAUAACAGCAACGGCUCUGGCAACUGGCAGCCGAAACCGAUGUUGCCAGCAAGUGGUGACAGCUGGCAGCUGCCGCAACCCAAGGGCGACAACGACUCAUGUCCCAGCGAGAGCAAAGCCUUACGGGAUGAGAUCUUACCGCAGCCAAUGGACGUUUCCAGUUUAGACAUUCUUCAUGCAUCAUCCAAACAGAACACAGUUUCUCCUUCUUCGCAGCUUGAUUGGCUCUCGUAUGAUGGCAACGAACACAUCACAUCACUAAAUUCCAAGUGCGUGGACAAUCGUUCAGGGUCGUCGGGCGGCAGCGAGUCUACUCUACCAGCGGCCGUGCAGCGCCUGCUGGCCACCUCAGUCGCCACGACCGUCACGACGCUCGAGGAGCUCACACCGCGGGAGCGGCAGUUCGUGCAGGCCUUGCCCGACCUUAGCUUCAUGACCGCUCGUGUAUUGAUGUUCCCUAUAGCUCGUGACAAGGAAUAAUGGCUCUCUCGUGCAGGCCUUGUUCGUCCUGAGCAGUAUUGAAGUUCCCAAUAUCUGCUGAUAAUGCAUAAUAAUGCUCUCGUGUUGUCCUUGCCCCACCUGAGCUUGAGUAUUGAGGUUUGAUGUGAAAAAAGGCGUUCAUAUCUGGUCACUUUUUUCCAUUUUUUUUUGCAGUGCAGUCAUUUGGCAUUUUCUCGAUGGUCCGAAAGGGUGAACCACAGUUUCUGUCUCCAGUGAUGUUUUAAAUUUGUAUUGUUGCUGAUGUGUAGGUUAAUUUUUUAGGGAAGCAUGAGUAGACUGUUGAGUCUUGAACCUGUCCGAGUGGGAGUAUUCUACAAGUUAUGAGUUCAUUUUGACUCCAGUCCUUGUGAUUUCCCAUUUUUGAGCAAGGUCAUAAUUGAGGAAUAUGCAGCGGCGUUCUUUUCUUGAUUGCACUUUUGAAGAAUAGUGGACAAAUUAUUACACAUUCAAAGUGGAUCACGAGCAACUGUACUUCCAAUAAUUCAAAUAUAAAUACUGCCGGGAAUCAGAAAAACCUUAUGAGGGAAGGAAAUUCAUACUGUAGUUCGUCACAGCUAAACCAGACAGUCUAUUUUACUUUCGAAUGUUAUGCUAUUCAUUGGAGUGACACAAUACACGGUUUACAUAUACUAAAAUUUUAAUUCUUACAGACUAGAGAAUUACAGCUUUGACUAAGAUGAAUAUCUGUUCAUAACGCUAAUUGAAGAUUAUCCAAUAUAAUGGUCCUGGUAUUCUCUUUGUUGUACCUUAUCGUCAAAAAUAUUUAUUGCCUCAAUUCACUGCCAUCAUAAUUUAUUAAUUGUUUAAAUUAGUUAUCCAGUUUUUGAAGUGUACGUAUUUAUUUCGGUGUUGACCAAUUUUCUAGACGCGCCUUGGAUGGUGUUUAUUCUUUGCAUGUCCGUCCCUUUUUUCAUAGUUUUCUUUUUUUACUUCUCUUGAUUUUUCCUUCAUAAGAAAAUGAUUUGUUUCCUUUUUGCUUCGAGAUUUAAGCGUGUAUGUUAUAAAUCUUAUGGAUUUUGUAAAAGUUCCGCUGCAAGAAUUCAAAGUCAGGUCAAUGGAAGUUGACAGUCAGACAAACCGAACACAAGUUGUCAGAAAUAAUGAAUCUUUGUCAGGGAUUCACUUCAGCUGCUCUUUUAUUAAGUGUGGUUUCCAAGCUUCAAUAUUGGUGCAAUAUAUUACUAAUUUCUGUAUAUACGAGUAUCAAGCAAACUUGCCCAGCCGUGAACCACAGGACUCGAUGUAUGUACUUUUUCUAAAAUCUUUUCCUGUUGGUUUGAUCAGUGGAGUUUGGCGGUUCAUCAUCUGUUUGUUUUCAAUGCUUCGUGAAGCAUCGAAUAAUUUGAACCGAUGAGAGUGUGACUGAGUAAAUUAACAAUACUAGACUAUAAUUUUACUACGUUGUAUGUGUAAGGAAGAUUAUAUCGACGUUAUUAUUAUGUGUGAAAAGUCGAUGGAAGGUUGUGAUGCCUUAGCUAAGUUAGCUUAGAGUAUUAAAAUCACUCAUGAUUGCCUUACUCGCUCAUGUCGAGUUUUGCCGACAUCUUGCCUGUUUCUGUGGAGGCCCGAUGUGUCGUCGAAGAUCUUCUAAUACACAAAGAUGUCGACUUAGUUGAUCAUAUAAAGGAUACAAUAAUGGAAAAAAAUAGUUAAUAAGGUACAAAUCCAAGUUAAUUUCAUCACCAAAAACUUACAUGGGCUCUCACUAACUGAAAACGAAGGAACAAAAGAUAAUUCGCAUCUUUCAGCUGUUGUCUGCUAAUUCGAUAACUAUGGUGGAGUGUAAUAUUUGUCACCACAUUUAAUUCAUGCCGCGAACAAUUGUCUAAUUACAAAAAUUGAUAUCUUUGUGCAUUAGUAUGUCUUUGAGGAUGCAUUGCAUAUUUUUUCUGUGUAUUAAGAUAAAUAACUACUCGUUUUCUGGGCACACUUGGCGCGCUGACCUAACAUGUCGGAGAAUAAUUUGAUGUGUGCGCAGCUGUUGGUAUUGCCAAGUGUUCUAUCAGAUAAGUGUAUCACAAUCGAGGACCUAGAAUGUGAAUAAUACACAAGGCUUUUUGUCCCUGUAAGCCUCAGCGUGGGUGAUAAUGUAUCAAUAAUAUUGAAACUAUUAUCUUACAUGGCGGGAACCAUGUCCGACUUUUUACAUCUUUCUCAGUUAAUUUUAAUUUCAGUGAAAUUCGUAAGGCUAAAACACACAUUCCAUUUUUAGACGUAAAAUAAAAACACAGUU